UGAGGACAGCCGCAGGAAAGGCCGGCCGCGCCGGGCCGCUUCGCCUUUUCUCGCCUCCCGAAAAAAAAGGAGAAGUGGGGGAGGAGGAGGUGGCUGUCCCAGGCCCCGAUUGCUCCCAACGUCGUGGACGCCACGCGACUUUCGCCAGGUCAGCCAGAGCGUGCGAUACGAAAUGUAGCCGCGACAAGCGCCGGGGAAAAAAAAAGAGAGGAAAGCCGCCCCUUCACUGGCAGCGGAAAGACAGAAGCUGGAGCGUUCCCUCGGCGAGGAUUGUUCGACCUCGGGGCCCGUCGUGCCGCGGCGGCGGCGGCGUUGCCGCGGGCGUACGGCGCGAGAGAACAGCGGCGAAGCAACGGAACGACGACCACUACCGCCGGCGUAGUAGUGGCCCAGUUCUGGGAGUCGCGCGGCCCGUGCGCCCUCGGAGUGAUACGCGUAUCGUUGUUUCUGGCCUUUCUUCUUCGUUUUUUUUUUUUCCCUGCCAAGUUAUACUCGGUGCGUCGCGUCGUUUCUCGUUCUCUGUGGUGCGUGCCCCUAUUGCUUUCGGGCGGGUGUUCGGGGGGCGGCGAGCUAUGAAGGCCGUUAUCCCGAGGUUCGGCGACUCGUCGCCGCGGACAACUAGACUUCGGCCCCGGAGACGACGUGACGUCGCUAGCGCCGACGACGCCGUUGCUGCUGCUGCUGCUGCUGGCUGCCACCACUGUGUGUCCCGAGUGGCAACGCUGCAGCGCCAGUGAUGACCUGCAGGUGCCGAGGACAUGCCGACUUGAAGGCGCCAGAGCAUGUACCACCACGCGAGCAACAGCCGCGGCACCUUGGAUGUGGAAAACCGCGUCGUCCUCAACGUGGGCGGCAUACGCUUCGAGACGUACAAGACGACCCUCAAGAAGAUUCCCGCGACGCGCCUUUCCCGGCUCACCGAGGCGCUCGCCAACUACGACCCCGUGCUGAACGAGUACUUCUUCGACCGCCACCCGGGCGUCUUCGCGCAGAUACUCAACUACUACCGCACAGGCAAGCUGCACUACCCGACCAACGUGUGUGGCCCUUUGUUCGAAGAGGAGCUCGAGUUCUGGGGCCUCGACGCCAACCAGGUCGAACCUUGCUGCUGGAUGACGUACACGGUAUACAGAGACACCCAGGCUACAUUGGCCAUCCUGGACACGCUCGACAUCGAGAACGAGAAGCCCAGCGAUGAGGAGCUGGCGCGAAAGUUCGGCGUCGAGGAGGACUACUACGCGGGCAAGCUGUCCUGCUGGCAGCGGCUCAAGCCACGCAUCUGGCUGCUCUUCGACGAGCCGUACUCCUCGCUGGCCGCCAAGGUCAUGGCCGUCAUAUCGGUCUUCUUCAUCUGCGUCUCCAUCCUCUCGUUCUGCCUCAAGACGCACCCAAACAUGCGCGUGCCCGUCAUCGUGAACCGGACCGUCACGCAGCGCAACACCACCGCCUGGGUCCUGGACAAGGUCAAGACGGACGCGCACGACGCCUUCUUCUACGUGGAGAGUGUGUGCAAUGCCUGGUUCACCUUCGAGAUCACCAUCCGGUUCGUGGUGAGCCCGCGAAAGCUCGACUUUGUGCGCGCGCCCAUAAACAUCAUCGACUUCAUCGCGACCAUGUCCUUCUACUCGGACAUGCUGCUCCAGCACCUCGCGGCGGACCUGGAAAACGCCGACAUCCUGGACUUCUUCUCCAUCAUCCGAAUCCUGAGGCUGUUCAAGCUGACGCGCCACUCGCGCGGGCUCAAGAUCCUCAUACACACCUUCAAGGCCUCGGCCAAGGAGCUCUUCCUGCUGGUCUUCUUCCUGGUGCUGGGCAUCGUGAUAUUCGCCAGCCUCGUGUACUACGCCGAGAGGCUGCAGGCGAACCCGCGCAACGACUUCACCAGCAUCCCCGAGGGCCUGUGGUGGGCCAUCGUGACGAUGACCACAGUGGGCUACGGGGACAUGGUGCCCAGGACCUACGUGGGCAUGCUCGUCGGUGCCCUGUGCGCGCUCGCGGGCGUGCUGACGAUCGGGCUGCCCGUGCCGGUGAUCGUGUCCAACUUCACCAUGUUCUACUCGCACACGCAAGCGCGCGAGAAGCUGCCCAAGCAGCGGCGACGCUUCGUGGGCGAGCCGCCCGGCACGGGCACGGCGGCCGCGGCGGCCGCGGCGCCCAGCGUGCCGCAGGCGCGCCGGAUGAACGCCAUCAAGCACCACCAGCACAGCAGGGAGUUUGCCGCCACCAACAAGCCAGGUACUUGACAGGGCUUUCGCAUCUACAACGGCGUCAGCACACCGGACCAGGCACCACCUAUGCAGGCCAUAUUUACAUAAGUCCUGUCAUCUCUAGGAAGACAUCCUUUCGCGCAGUCAGACCUCGAUUGCAUUGACUUUGUGGUGACCGCCGCGUGUCUCCAGAAAGAUGCUUCGCUAGCUGCCUACGCUUUAAAGUUAAUGCUGAAUCUAUACUCAGAACCACUGACGAGGCCACCACAAUUCCAAGUCAGGUUCAACGCGGAUAAAAAAAUUUGCGAAACGUUACAAAAGUGACAAAGAAGAAGAGGAAGAAGAGAAAAAGAGAUGGCCUCGUUUACAUGCUCCCACAAGAUCUGCCACAUGCGAACAAGUUUGAAGCUGGUGACAAACGUGUCUUGCGCGCGUAAUCUAUAGAGGGCAAGAAUUUCGUUUCAAUUUCUUCCAGAGUAGUUGAGAAACGUUCUGCGUGUGUGUUUCUUUCUUUUUUUCUUUUAUGCGGUGUACUUACGGCGCACCUUAACGCCAUCAUGGAGUGUACAGAAGUGGCGAUUUCACUGUUAUCUUUGCUAAGCAAACUGUAGACGAUAUUUGUUAACUCAACCACUGAGAAGCGCGUAAUUACACAUUCCGUAUGACACCUCGGUGUAACUGAUAUCACAAGCGAAAAAGCUCGUCUUCGUGAACCGUUAGCUUCACCAGCACUGUACUGGCUCGAGUGAUCAUGAAAAAAAAAACACGCGUAGCAAUUUAUCCUAUAGAAAAAUGAUCGUAGACACCCGAACCAAGCAAGUCUAUGAUGGUACUACGUAUACAGCGGGCACGUUGCCCGUGAAUAUAGCUUUAACACAAGAUUAAGCAUUUUAGGAAAGCGAGAACAUCGCAUGCGGAAUCUAAAGGUUUCUCAUUUUUUUGUACAAACAAUUUGACAGUAAACUCCUGCGCGGUUUUGAUCUAUGACCUUGUGGGGAAAAACCUUCACUCUUUAGGCGGCUCUUGCUUACAUGUUUCCCUUCGACAUAAUUUUAUAAUCACACGCGUCACCACUUUUAAAGAACCAGUUUUCUGCGGAUGUCGCUCUACAUAGGUCUACACAUAUCUGCCUCUCAGAGAAGUCGCUCUGUUCCCUGGCCUUGUGAGAUUAAGAUAUAUAGAUAUAUAUAUGUAACGACAUUGCUAUAGAAUAUACAUAUACAUAUAGAUGUAUCUAUAUACAAUGUAUCUAUAUACAAAACGCACUUUCGCCUUCUUCUUCUCGCUGAACCAAAGUUUUAGGGAUUGAGUGCGGAAGCAGCUCGAGCACACGCUGUAACUCAGGUACGCGCUAUGUAGGCCUGCAUCUCCUCCCCGACCAAACAUUAUUCGCGUGUAAUGCGUGCUAGGACUAAGGAAACGGCUUUCAUGUAGCUUAGAAAAAAAAACACCAUCUUGCGCCGAUAUUUUGACCUUGCAUGAAACGUUGUUUCCUUAGCUGCGAUACUCGCUUUUAGUGUUGCGCGAGCAUAGUUAGUGGCGAGCGUACAAACUCAGACCAUUCUCUUAAGCACAUCAAGAUGGAACAGAGCAACCACGUUCUACGCUUUUCCCAGUGUGAGUGACUCAAAGCUGCCUUUCUAGCUUUCCGUUAGCUCCAUCCGAAGAUGUUCCGGUGGAGAAAGCAAGCUUGACAACACAAGUCUGUGAAUAACGAGGACCUUUAUGGAAGGUAUCAUAAAGAAAAAAAAUACAAACAAACAUAUCUCGUUCUUUGUAGCGAUGCAGCCGACAGUUACGCUCUGUUUUGCAGGAAAAUGCGGGAACGCGUGCUUGCGAAAGAAAUGGUCGACGUGACGCCCCGUUGGUUUUCUGCAGAGAUCGCCAAUGCUUUAUACACCUGCUAAACUAUCGAUCUAUUCGAGAUCGUACAGGUUGUGGCAGAGGUCGAAGAGAGAACGGUUCCUUGACCAAACCUACAGAGCCGAACUCUUUGAUUCAAAUAGGCGGAAAUAAAACUGUCUUUGCCUUGAUACCGAAGGGCGACGAAAAGAAGAUUUGGCAUCUAAGUAUGUCACAUAAUGAUAGCAUUCAACUUAGCUGAUGCAUCCACAUGCAUCAUCGGACCAGAAGUAGAAGCGUCGACUUCGAUAGGACUGCCUUAAGUUUAACUUAUUUUGUCAAAUCUAAAUCAGCGCUUGAUAUUUUGUUUUUCCUAAGUCUGCGCGCCUUCAAAUGUGAACAUGAAAGCACGGAAGCCUUCAAAUGAACCAGGAAAGCACAGAGCGGACACGGUAGAUUUUGGGCUUAGUAUGCAAGCUGAACGUCAAGAAAAAUAUUAUGAAAAAAGAAAACGAGCGCGUAAUUCUCCUGAUUCGUUUAUGGCAUAUCCGUGUCUGCUAGGGUGCGUGCGCUGUUAUGAAAGUUUUGCGCUUGCCACAAAUUCGAUUGCAGGAACACGUAACUAAAUGGCACGCAUUAGGUUCUUGUGAAUAUAGCCUGCACAGUAAGCGAGAUAAAGUGGACGAAAGGAUUUGGGUUGAAUUUGCGUCUUACACCAGGGCGAAAAUAAAAUAUCGUGCAUACCAAUGUAUUACAGGAGAGUCAGAGAUAGGAUUAAUGUUGGAGUAGGUAUUUCUUUUCCCUUUUUUUUUCCGAGCGCUCACGCGUAUGCCUUGCCUUUGCCCACCACGUGCUCUAAGCAGUACACCACGAAUUAGCUGCACCUACUGUUUUCCUCAGACUGCUGUUCUCUCAGAUUUUUUAUUCAAGAAAGUAAGACACUGCGCUCUUUUACAAGCCUACUAACUGUUCAUGUAUACUCUCUGUAUAAACACACGAAAAAUGAAGUGCAGAAACCCAGCGUUGCCUUUUUAACCGGUAGACGUGCAAUGUGGGACCAACAUGCUAAACCGAACCGAGACAGACCUAACGCGCGCCCGCAAUGAAAGUGCCCUGAAUCCCCACUGCGGCUGCUGCCUGUAAGUGAGCUUGCAAGGAAAGCCUUCGAGCCAUCACGUGUGCUGCGGUUAGCGACACCUGCGGCAGUCGAGUCAGCGCUCGCUGGACAGCAGACCGCCGAGGCGAUCGGAACCACUGACCGCCGAGUUCGGUAUAGGGGACACCGCCGCUCCCAUCAUGCUCUGUCAUCAGCAUUCUCGGGGCAACGCAAUGGCGUUCGUUUCCCCAGCUGCUAUUGUCGGGCCGAUCUAUUGUGUUUCCUGACUCUUACGCUCAACAGCUGCGCCUGAAGCCGCCACUGCGAGGAGGUAAUCUUCGUGUGCGGCUGGCGACGUGGAUGUAGCUCCGCGAAUACUUCAUCUGCCUGUCCACUGCGAUCGUCAGCGGCGACUCCAGUGUGUGACAUUGGCUCCUCGUGCGCGUGACGUCAUCGCGUGUUCCGUGUCACGUGGUGACAACUCUGUCGUGCGACUUCUACGGUGCUGUGCUGUGCCGGUGCAUAUCGUCUGACGCGGUGCGGUGAAAAAGAAAAUAACAAGAGACGUUUCGGCGACGUUUUCGGUUGUGCUGCUUGCUUCGCGUAGGUCGCCAGAGAAGGCACCUCAACAAGCUUCACCUUCGGUGCCGUCCUAUUGUGGUGUGCAAAUAUUGGAACACUCAAAAGAAAAGAUUAAUGAGAACGAGAACGUUUCAUUUUAUCGCGACGAUGCACUAUGAGGAAAACAAACUUCCCUGCUCUGUGGAUGAAGUCGUCUCUACACUUAUUUUGACUGUGCACACUUAUUAUCAGCUGAUGCCUAUGCUUGUAUGUCGGUUAAUUGAAGGAGGAGCUCUUGUUCACCGUGAUACUGAUACUCAAUAUGCCUCCUGGAUAGAUGUUGCAGAGAUGCACGGCAUUCGGGAAACAAUGACAUUAACUAGGAUUAUGAAUGUGUUAGUGUUGAUUGUUUUUUAAUUGCAGCAUUUGCAACAAUCUUGGUCUUCUUUAGUCUUUAAUCGUUAGACUGAAUGAAAUAGUUCAUAUAAAGCAGAAUAUGUUCCUUGCCGCCUACCGAAGAUACGGUGAUCUUACCGUAUCGGUGAUCCUACCGAGAUACGGUGAUAUGAAGAUACGGUGAUACGGUGAAUUUUGUUUUAGAUGCCUCAGCAACCGGGUGAAGGAUGGUCCCAUAAUGUCAUUUGCCAUUAUAAAGAAAACCUUUUUUUAUAUUGCAGUUCUAAGGCACAUGACAAAGUUGAGUAACCCUUCAAAACAGCAGACCUCAUGGCAUCUUGAAAGUGAGCCCGUGAAAAAUCUUAAAUUAAGUUCUAACAGUGUCUAACUACAAUAUUCAUUGAUACAGCAAACACUUCACGAAGAAUUUAUUAAAAUAUCUACGCCUGUCAUAACACAGCGCUACGUUCGUCAAAACUUACGUUUCAGCAGUGUAGAUGCAAAAAGCUUACCUGUGUUGUUGCAAGUGUGACAUCUGACACAAUUGCACGCAACUGCUAGAUUCAACGAAGUUGUCUAUUGGAUCGGUCCUGGCAGGAAGCCCAAGUUUCCCCUUGCUCUUUAACAUAGUAUAAUUAUUCAUCUAAGAUGUACACUGACCGUGUUUCGAGCUGAAUGAUGGGCCUGCCAUCUGGUCUCUCUUCUCAUGACUAGAAUUAUCUUAUGAGACACAAAGUCAGCAAAUGCCUUGCAGAUUACGUUCUUCUGUCGAUGUGGGUGUGAUUCAACGUCUCCUUCAUCCAUGUUGAGUUCAGUGUGCAUAUCAUUUAAGUCGUUCAUUUCUUGUCAACUUGCUGCUGAUAUUCUUGUGAUAAAGAAAGGUUGUAGUUUCUUCGGGAUUUCCACGGGGAAUGCAUGCCCGUCAUUACAUAGCACUCGCGCAGAACGCACAAGCUAUAUAUGCGUUAAGCUAUAACACAACCUGUACUGAGUGUAGGAAGAUGAAGCGUCACAGGAGCCCUCCUUUAAGUGAAUAUCUCGCUGUAGGCGGGUGUUUCACAGGCUUGUUUCUAUGUCCCAGGCGUGCCUAAGUGUUGUCCAGAUCACCCCUGACUUUGGCACGUAGCUUCUCGCAUAAAUGCAAGCACGUGCCCGUCAUUCCAUGCCAAUACAAGUCGAAUUCGAUAGAAACAGCACGAAUAAAUCUGUAGCUACAAGAGUUAGAUUGCGUUCUUGGAGUACCGAAUAGGUUGGUCUUAUCGCGAACUAUUUAUGCCAAAUGUGCCCAUAUGAUACACCGAAAAAGGGAUCGUCACCUUGUAGUUCUCACAUGAGCUUCCCUUGACCUUGUGGACCUUGGCAGCGUGCACUCAGCGGUUGCCAGGUGCUUAUAAAUGAUAAAAUAAAGAAUUACAUGGGACUCGGAAGUGAGGAAAGAGUCAACGUGAAGAAUUUGGGAAACUGUGAGGAAAAACGCGCGAAAUACACGAACCACAGUGACAUGUGGGAUGUCGCAUUAAUGACGCCAUCUCAGCGGUUAGGUUGUAAAAUUUUAAUGAAAUACAUUUGUGCUUCAUUUCUUAUUUCAAUUAUAUUUUUUCACCUAAUAAAUGCAAAUCGAGCUGUUUAAAAAGUUUUCUACUAGUUAAAAUUCAUUCAAUGUUUCUUUUAAGUGUAGUUUUAAAAUAACGCAGUGCAAUGGAGUUCAUUCCGGAAGUUUGGCGUUAUCGACAUAAUGCCGAGAGUACGUGGAGCGACGUGAGCUUUUUUUUUCCCCUUUUUUUUGUUAACUAGAGGUUAGCCCUAACAGUGGUGACAAAAUUCGAUGGUUUGGCUUUUACGUGUAGGCUUAAAUUUCAAAUUGAUUUCCUCGUUCGGGACAUAGAGCGGUUGUACUCUCCCACAUGCUCAAAAGGAAAAGCGCUGCGUACCAUAUGUUUACCAAUUGCUAUGCCUAUCCUCCCUUUCGCCUGUUUCUUUUCUUUAAGUUGCACAAUAGGGCCAUUGGUUAAAGGAAAGUACGGUAGUGCUGGACGACGCUACAACGUCAAUGUUACGUGUGCAAUCCGCUCUUCCAAGAGCAAUAACGCGGCAGUUUUCUUCCCUUGAUAAUAACAUUGUCUCUGUGCUGUAGACUGAUCCGGAUAUAAUUUCGACAAAGGCUCGAUAACGGGGAUGUGCCUGUAAACCAUUGUAUUCUUAAGGGUAUCACUUAGAAGAUAGAAGUUUGGGGGACAGAUCAUGCACGAGCAGAUCGUAUUCUAGCUGAGAUGAAGAAAAAUAAGCGCAAUUGAAUGGGCACUGUGAGCCAGAGGCCAUGGAACCGGUGGUCUAUAACCAGAGUGAAUGUCAAGGGAAUGAUAGCACAGUGAAUAGCGGUCGAGUAUUAGAUGGAGGACUGGAUGCCUUCAGGGGAUAUGUUGCUGUAUAGGCCGGGUUUGGUUGAAGUUGGACAGAGCUAACGGGACUUCUUCGGAGAUAUCUAUGCCUUGCAGUGGACUUAACUAGUACGAUGAUGUUCCUAGCUCAGUGUCGUGCGAGUUCAAAAAGGAUUCAGUUGCAAAAAUUACGUGGUAUACAUGGGCUCGAAACUGCAGCAGAAACAGGCUUUCGAUGCUUCACAUGCUUAUUAUUAUAGAGAACCGGGAGGCAUCCAAGAAUAUCGUCCUUGGGAGCAGAUAAUAAAUAAGGAUGAGUUUCAGUGUAUCGAAAGCAGGUAACCAUAUCAAUAACUUGAUAAAUCGUAUGUGCAGCAACCAUUUGCUAUCUAGUCAAGAUAUACUCGUUUAUUAUGAGCAAUAUUGUGUCGACCAUUUCCAAGCAGUACAAGCUGAAAAGUUUAAUGUGUUAAUUUCUUUCACAGUUAUUGCAACGAAAUAUGACAGACGUUUCAUUUCCCAGAGCGUCUAAGUUAGAUUCGGUAUGCAAUUAUUUCAGCUUGUCUCGAUGUAGUGUGUAUGAGAGGGCGCUAAGCAAGUGAUAUUACGUGUUACACAAACAUUACAGUUUCGAAAUUUUCAACUGAAUAACAGGCGCCACCUUCAUUUUAUUGCAGCAGCGUGGUCACCCGAUUCCCAUUAAGCUAUUUCUUCCUCUGGAAAAAUAGUGCCAGCAGGCAUAGUAGAACAGCUGCUUGGCAUCAGGGACAGCAAAAACAGCUAUGAGACCAUUAGAUGGUAUUCGGAUCUUACGACAACUUAUGAUGCAUUCCCUGUACAGCGCAACAGUUAGCGCCGAUUUGACGAUUACUUAUUGCUUUGGCAGUGCUUGGACUCCAGCGACCUCGAAAGGUUCUUACGUGAGGUCCACCAAGGUUUGUGAUAUUGCCCUGUUAUAAAGCGCGUCACUUUGCAGUCUUGUAACAAAAACUCAAACGAGAUCGCUAGGCAGUUUUCCCGAUAUGCCGGUAAGACCCAAUGUUCGCCUUCGUGAGAAAUUUGCUAGAUAGCACUGGUCAAUGAUCAACAGAAAGCACAUAUGAAAAUACUUGCUUCAAUAAACCUUUGACUUUUGUGUCGAUAAGCAAGCUGGUGUCAUGCAUUGUGGUGCUUGGGCACGACGCUGUUUUGAAACGUAUGCGCCUAACUCGAGUUGUAUUAUUCGUGCUCCACGCAAUGGCUCCCACAUCGCACAGCUGCACUGUUACAAGUGCUAUGUAUAGAAUUGCUGUUUCUCUCUUUUCUUGUUUUCUUGAGGGCGUAUGCUUGUGUACAUAUGAAUUCAUUAUGGUCACGUGAAUCCUCAAGAUCGUCAUAUUUUGAUAGCUUCAUCUUCGGAAACGAAAAAAAAAAAGCAUACUCUGUUCUGUUUUCCUUUUGAGGAUGUCAUCGUCGCCGAAAAAAAGAACUGCUGCUUGCGGAUGUAGCCUUUCUAUAACUAAUAAAUUUUUUGGCUUUUUGUUUGUA